AUGCGACUUUGGUUUAUUCUCAUUCUCAUCGUCAGUUUUGCUAACUCCAAUUGGGCAGGAUUUUUCAGUCGUAAAGAAAAUGAGGCUUGUAUACCAAUCGUCGAUGAUUAUACGACAUGUUGCUGCUGUCGAGCAUGGAAACACGCACGUUAUCUACCUUAUAUUCUUGUCGGUGCAUAUCGUAAUGAACAUAUUUGGGGAGAUGAGUCUUGCUCCAAUAAUCCAUGUCCAAGUCGUGGAUUAGAGCAUAUUGCUACUUUUCACUCCAGUGGAUAUCAACCACAGGCGCGUUGGACUGAUCUUCCAAAGCCAGAACCUCCAUUCGAUCCUAAACAGAAACUGAAACCUCAACCAACUUAUAUUGGAUUUCAUACUACCAAAGCUGAUUCAGCUGUCAAAAUUGCGAAAGGUGGCUUCUUGCCAAGCUCACAGGGUAUGAUAGGUCCCGGUGUAUAUUUUGCACGGUCAUUGGAAGCGACCAUCGGCAAAGUGGGUGCAGCAGGUGGUUUUGGUGCAUGGAUUAUAGCCGAAGUAAACAUGGGCAAGGUACUUGUCGUUCACCGACACUCCAGAGAUCAAGAUAUAGCCAGAACUGGUGAAUGGCACGCUGAAUAUGACACAUGUUAUUGUAUUCAUCCAGAUGACAACUUAGAUGAAUUCUGCAUUAAAGACCCGACAACACAGAUCGUCAGAUGGGUCACUGUCAUUGAAGAAAAUGAUGAUCCAAACGUGAAACAACUCGGACUCGAUAAUGAGUUCGAGUCUACUAAAUGUGGCUGUUUCUAA